GAUUCUCAUUCAGUUUUUGCAGAAACGUCAAGUAGUUCGGUUUAAAAAGCACGUUGUUUCCUCCCGCGGCCAAUAGAUUUUUUUUGCACUGAAAAAAAAAACUUACCUAAUAACCGAGAAUCGAUUCUGCUGAAAAAUUGUUCGUCAUAAAUCCGGAAUAUCAAUCAAAAAAUAGUGAAUUACAAAGACAGAAGCUAUGGCAGAAAAUGAGAAUAUAAGUUCAAGUGAUAUGCACUUCUUUGAAGGUGUUGAAAAAUUAUUGGAAAUUUGGUUUGCUCCAACGAACCAGAAAUCUGCUGAUUUAAGGAAAAUUCCAAGAUCAAUGUGGGAUGCACUGUUGAAAUCAGUUCGAUGUGAAAUCAUCAGCUUCACUAGGAAUGAACAAAUCGAUGCAUAUGUUCUAAGCGAGAGCAGCAUGUUUGUUUCUAAACGUCGAUGGAUUUUGAAAACAUGCGGAACUACAACACCGUUACAAUGCCUCGAGCCAUUAUUGGCUAUGGCUGAGCAGAUCGCUGGUUUUAGUGAUGUUGAGGCUCUGUUUUACUCCCGUAAAAACUUCAAACGUCCUGAUCUACAGGUCUCUCCUCACCGUGGCUUCGAAGAAGAGGUAGCAUUGUUGGACUCGUUUUUUGAUGACGGUCGCGCCUAUUGCUUAGGAUCGGUGAACCGUGACUGUUGGUAUAUGUAUUCGUUGUGCCGCGGGGGAGGAGAAAUGCAGCGACGUAUUGAGGAUAUGAAUGUUCAGUCAACCGAACCGGAUCAAACAAUUGAAAUUUUGAUGACUGAAUUGGAUCCGCAGAUUAUGAGCAUUUUUACGAAAGAGGAGAGUGCUAAUGCUAAAGAUGCCACUGAGAGAUCUGGCAUUCACAAGAUUUUACCAGGAAUGGUGAUUGACGAUUACUUGUUCGAACCGUGUGGAUAUUCGAUGAAUGGCGUUUCGAAGACAAAUUUUGCUGGAGAAUAUUCCGAAGGAUGCUACAUGACAAUCCAUAUCACACCGGAACCGGAAUUCUCCUACGUCAGCUUUGAAAGCAACGUCGCCUCAUCCAACUACAGCGACUUGAUAGCUCGUGUAAUCGAGACUUUCCAGCCGGGAAAGUUUGUCGUGACCAUUUUUGCGAACAAGGCAUCGCCAUCGUUCAAUGCUUCGCGCAAUUUGGAUUAUGCAUCGUCGAUUCGCGAUUGGAAACGUCGUGACAUCCAGUACUGUCGCCUGGAAUCGUACGAUUUGACUUAUGCGCACUACUGCAAAUUCCCGAGCUGAGAAUUACAGGUUAUGCCCUCAUCAGGGGCUAACAACGCCAUCAUCCCGUCUCAUCUUCCGCCGCAUAACUCCCAUUCCAAAUUUCAUUCCACUUACUUCCGCUCCUAUCCGUUACUGAACGUUUUAUUCGCUCAAUUAGCCAACAUUUUACCGAAUUUCCAGCCGACAUUGUCCAAUUUUCCAUUUCCCACUAUCACCACCAACGGCACCAAUUAUGCCACCCAUCCAGCUGCUGCCAACAAUAAAAUCAAUUCGAAUUUCGUUGUUGCCCAUUUGAUAAUGAUGUUGAUUUUACUGCAAUUAAUUCCAUUCGUUCUCGUUUAUUACAUUGAAGAGUGCUCUCCACUCGUCCUGUUUUCGUGGUGGAGAAACAAAAUUUCUUGAAACGCGAUACCGUUUAGCGUUUGUUAACAUAGUCUUAACAACAUUCACAACCAAUUUUCAAAAAAAUUAAUUUUUUGUUUGUUUUACCCAAAGAGAAACAAAGUUUUUUCCGCGAAAUGCUGACCUCUUGAGUUUUUUAUAUGUUCGUUGUGUUGAACAUAUAAAUUAGCAGUUACAUAGUGAAUACACACACACAGAGUUAGUAUUUAAAUUUAAAAAAAAAAUAAUUUUCUUUUUUUUUGUAAUGUUUAAGUUGACGAAGAAAAAGUGCACAUUUGAACUUUCAAUGUACCGUAGCGGUUAGGAGACGAUGA